AUGGAUAUGCACUGCAAGGCGGACCCCUUCUCCGCGAUGCACCGGCACGGGGGUGUCAAUCAGCUCGGGGGGGUGUUUGUGAACGGCAGGCCCCUCCCGGACGUGGUGAGGCAGAGGAUCGUGGAGCUGGCCCACCAGGGGGUGCGACCCUGCGACAUCUCCCGGCAGCUGCGGGUCAGCCACGGCUGCGUCAGCAAGAUCCUGGGCAGGUACUACGAGACCGGGAGCAUCAAGCCCGGCGUGAUCGGCGGCUCCAAGCCGAAGGUGGCCACCCCCAAAGUCGUGGAUAAGAUCGCCGAAUACAAGCGGCAGAACCCCACCAUGUUCGCCUGGGAGAUCCGCGACCGGCUCCUGGCCGAGGGCAUCUGCGACAACGACACCGUCCCCAGCGUCUCCUCCAUCAACCGGUAA